GCAGCAGAGGCUUGUGGUGCCUUACUGUGUGUAUGUGUGUGCACGCCCCUGAGACAGAGAGCAGCAGAGACAGAGAGCUCCAGCAGCAGCAGCAGCAGCAGCAGCAGCAGCAGGGAGACAGGCUGGCAGCAGGAUGAGCACUUUCCCCUAACCCAGACAUGCACCCAAACACACAUUGCCUGCAAGGAUCGCCCAGCACCGGCCGGAUAAACAGCAGACUGAGUUAUCCAAGCUGCAUGGAAGCAGUAUAUGAGAGGCAGCAUGCAUGUCUGACUAUGUGAAUGAUCUGUCCACUGCUCACAUAAGAGGAUAUAAGAGUGCUGUCUGGGGACAGGGGGAAAGAAACACCAAGCAGGAGGAAAGAAGAAUUAAAACUGCUCCCACUUUGUUCUUCCUGCACAGAAGCAGCCACCCUGCAGCUGGGGUACCACUCUCUGGCUGGGAAGGUAUCAGGAUUACUUUCACCAGUUUUCUCUUUCCCUUUGUUUGUUGGGAGUUGGGAUCUGCUGCCCAGGACUGUGAUGGAGUAGCAGGGAUGCUGUGUACUUACUGUCUCCUCUGAGUGUGAGUGUGUCCUGUGUUGGUGUGAGGAGGACUAGCGCAUGGUGCUGCCGCUGCUGCUAGGUCAGUACUUGGCUGGACCGGCCACACAGACGUGGGUAGUGAGCAGAAGAUCUAUACUGGAUUACAGCUACUACAGGAGAGGAGGAGGAGGAGGAGGACUGGGAUCAGUGGGAUGUGAGCAGCUGCUGGGGGGAUCUGCAGACUGGGAGCAGCCAGCAUGAGCAGGCUGUGAGAAUACCACACUGAAACAUUCGAGUGGGUAGACACCUGUUGGCUUUAAAAGCCAGUGACACCAAGCCUUCCUAAGCAUGCAGGUGCCAAGCUGUCAGAUGAUGAGCUGUGCCAGGCCAGUGCUGGUACUUCUGUGCUUCCUACUCCAUGCUCAUGCUGAAACACCACCAAGGUUUACAAGAAGCCCUGUUGAUCAAACAGGAGUAUCAGGGGGAGUUGCAUCCUUUGUCUGUCAAGCUACUGGAGACCCCAGACCUAAAAUAGUAUGGAAUAAAAAGGGAAAGAAAGUCAGCAACCAGAGAUUUGAGGUAAUAGAAUUUGAUGAUGGAUCUGGUUCCGUCCUAAGAAUACAACCUUUACGAACACCAAGAGAUGAGGCUAUAUAUGAAUGUGUGGCAUCCAACAAUGUUGGAGAAGUUAGUGUGACUACCAGGCUCAUAGUUUUACGGGAGGAUCAAAUUCCACCUGGUUUUCCCACCAUAGACAUGGGACCUCAGUUGAAAGUGGUUGAGCGCACACGUACAGCCACCAUGUUAUGUGCAGCCAGUGGUAACCCUGACCCAGAAAUAACUUGGUUUAAAGACUUUCUACCAGUGGACACCAGCAACAGCAAUGGACGCAUAAAACAGUUACGAUCAGGUGGUACACCAAUAAGAGGUGCCCUCCAAAUUGAGCAGAGUGAAGAAUCUGACCAGGGCAAAUAUGAAUGUGUUGCAACCAACAGUGCCGGGACGCGCUAUUCUGCCCCUGCCAAUCUAUAUGUAAGAGAGCUGCGAGAAGUUCGUCGAAUUGCUCCAAGGUUUUCAAUACCACCCACAAAUCAUGAGAUCAUGCCCGGAGGAAGUGUCAAUAUAACUUGCGUUGCAGUAGGGUCACCAAUGCCUUAUGUAAAAUGGAUGCUGGGUGCUGAAGAUCUUACACCUGAGGAUGAUAUGCCGAUUGGAAGAAAUGUACUGGAGCUUACCGAUGUCAGACAAUCGGCUAAUUAUACAUGUGUUGCAAUGUCUACUCUUGGUGUCAUAGAAGCAAUAGCACAGAUAACUGUUAAAGCCUUACCCAGACCUCCUGGAAUCCCUAUGGUAACAGAAAGCACUGCUACAAGUAUAACAUUAACCUGGGAUUCCGGAAAUCCUGAGCCUGUCACCUACUACAUAAUCCAGCACAAACCGAAGAAUUCUGAAGAACAGUAUAAGGAAAUUGAUGGUGUAGCUACAACACGAUACAGUGUUGCUGGUCUUAGUCCAUAUUCAGAAUACGAGGUCAGAGUUGUUGCUGUCAAUAACAUUGGGCGUGGCCCACCCAGUGAACCAGUCAUGACCAGGACUUCAGAACAAGCUCCAUCCAGUGCUCCGCGGAAUGUGCAGGCACGCAUGCUGAGCUCAACCACUAUUAUAGUUCAAUGGGAAGAACCUGAAGAGCCCAAUGGAGAGAUACGGGGUUACAGAGUUUAUUACACUAUGGACCCAACUCAGCAAAUUAAUAGUUGGACAAAGUAUAAUGUAGCUGACAGCCAAAUCACUACUAUAGGAAGCUUGGUGCCUCAAAAAACAUACUCAGUGAAGGUCCUGGCAUUUACUUCAGUUGGAGAUGGACCACUUUCUAAUGAAAUACAAGUCAUCACUCAGACAGGAGUACCGAGUCAGCCACUUGGCUUCAAAGCAGAAGCACAGUCAGAGACAAGCAUACUGCUCUCCUGGAAUGCCCCGCGUUCUGACACAAUAUCCGGGUAUGAGCUGUAUUAUAAAGAGGAAAAUCAAGAAGAGGAGAAGUCUACUUCCUUUGAUCCAUGCUUGGAUUAUCGACUGCAAGGCCUGAAGCCAAACACUUUGUACUACUUCCGGUUGGCUGCUCGAGCUCCUCUUGGCCUUGGCGCUUCAACUGCAGAAAUUUCAGCCAAAACCCUGCAGUCAAAGCCAUCAGCUCAUCCACAAGACAUAAGAUGUAACAGCCAAAGCUCUACCAGCAUCUUGGUAAGUUGGCUACCACCACCGGAGGACAAACAGAAUGGUGUUAUCACAGCAUAUGCCAUCAAAUACACUGAAGUGGAUGGAGAAGAUAACAAGCCCCAUGAAAUUACGGACAUUUCCUCUGAUACUAGACAGUACCUUUUGGACCAACUGGAAAAAUGGACUCAGUACCAUAUCUCUAUGGUUGCUUACACUGAUGUUGGACCAGGUCCUGAGAGUCCUUCAAUAUUGAUUCGGACAGAUGAAGAUGUUCCUAGUGGUCCUCCUCGCAAAGUCGAGGUUGAGGCUUUGAGCUCGACAUCUGUUAAAGUGUUCUGGCGCUCACCUGUGUCUAACAAGCAGCAUGGCCAAAUACGUGGCUACCAGGUGCAUUAUGUGAAGAUGGAAAAUGGAGAACCCAAAGGCCCACCCAUGCUGAAGGACGUGAUGCUGUCUGAUGCACAGUGGGAAUAUGAUGAUACUGCUGAACAUGAAAUGAUCAUCACUGGACUGCUGCCUGAAACAGCUUAUGCAAUCACUGUGACAGCGUAUACCACAAAAGGAGAUGGUGCUCGUAGCAAGCCUAAAGUUGUAUCUACACCUGGUGCAGUUCCAGGGAAGCCUCGGCUUGUUAUCAACCACACACAGAUGAACACUGCUCUCAUUCAGUGGUAUGCACCUGUGGAAACCUUUGGCCCAAUCACAGGUUAUCGCCUAAAGUAUGGUCGCAAAGAUAUGAACAUUCUCACCACUCUGGAGUUCUCAGAGAAAGAAGACCACUUUACUGCCAGAGAAAUUCACAAAGGAGCAUCAUAUGUCUUUAAAUUAUCAGCCAGAAACAAAGUGGGCUUUGGGGAAGAGAAUAUCCAAGAAAUAACUAUCCCGGAGGAGAUACCAAAUGGUUUUCCUCAAAACCUUCAGUGUGAGAGCAUGUCAUCAACAUCAGUUCAAAUAACUUGGCAACCUCCCAUCCUAGCAGAAAGAAAUGGUGUAAUAACAAAAUACACCCUCCUGUACAGGGAUAUCAACAAUCCAAAUCAUCCAAUUGAAGUGCACAUUGUUCCUGCUGACACAACCGUGACUCUUACCGCAAUAAAACCUGAUACCAUUUAUGAUGUUAAAAUACGUGCUUAUACAAUCAAGGGUCCUGGUCCAUUUAGCCCAAGUGUCCAAUUCAGGACGCUUCCAGUAGAUCAAGCAGUGUUCGCAAAAAAUUUUCAUGUUAAAGCUGUGAUGAAGACUUCAGUGUUGUUGUCAUGGGAGAUUCCAGAAAAUUACAACUCUGCAUUGCCCUUCAAAAUUCUAUAUGAUGAUGGGAAAAAGUCUGCUGAAGUGGAUGGUAGAGCAACACAGGCACUGAUCACCAAACUAAAACCCGAGACAUCGUAUUCUUUUGUUCUCACUAAUCGAGGAAAUAGUGCUGGAGGUCUGCAGCAUAGAGUGGCCGCAAUAACAGCACCUGAUGUUCUGCGUACAAAGCCAGUUUUCAUUGGGAAAACCAACUCAGAUGGCAUGAUAACUGUGGAGCUGCCCGAGGUCCUUUCAAGUGAAAAAAUAAAAGGCUAUUAUAUUGUUAUAGUCCCUUUGAAGAAAACACGUGGAAAGUUUCUGAAGCCGGAUAAGGGUCCAGAUGAAAUGGAAUUGGAUGAGUUACUAAAGAAGAGUUCACGGAAUCGAAGAAGUAUUCGUUUGAAGAGAGAAGUUGAGGACAAACCUUACAUUGCAGCUCACUUUGAUGUGCUUCCGACGGAGUUUACCCUCGGAGAUCAGAAACAAUAUGGCGGCUUUGAGAACAAGCAACUGCAAAACGGACAAGAAUAUGUUUUCUUUGUUCUGGCAGUAAUAGAGCACACUGAACAGACAAUGUUUGCCACAAGCCCCUAUUCAGAUCCUGUUGUCUCUAUGGAACUUGACCCACAGCCAAUGACCGAUGAAGAAGAGGGCUUAAUUUGGGUAGUUGGACCAGUUCUAGCUGUAGUUUUUAUCAUUUGUAUUGUGAUUGCAAUUCUUCUGUAUAAAAGCAGUAAACCAGACAGGAAAAGGACGGAAUCAGACUCAAGGAAAAGCAGUUUACCUAACAACAAGGAGAUUCCAUCACAUCAUCCUACAGAUCCUGUAGAGCUCCGACGCCUUAACUUUCAAACACCAGGUUCAGGUGUCGCCGGUUACUCUGGUAACCUCCAUUCUUCAAGUAUGGCCAGUCACCCACCUAUCUCUAUUCUAGAACUUGCUGAUCACAUUGAAAGACUGAAAGCUAAUGACAACUUGAAGUUUUCUCAAGAAUACGAGUCUAUUGACCCAGGACAACAGUUCACAUGGGAGCACUCUAACCUGGAAGUUAACAAACCAAAGAAUAGAUAUGCAAAUGUAAUUGCAUAUGAUCACUCACGUGUUCUGCUUUCAGCCAUUGAAGGCAUACCAGGAAGUGACUACAUCAAUUCCAAUUACAUUGAUGGUUACAGAAAACAAAAUGCCUAUAUAGCAACACAAGGGCCUCUUCCAGAAACCUUCGGAGAUUUCUGGAGAAUGAUGUGGGAGCAACGCAGUGCCACAGUUGUAAUGAUGACAAAGCUGGAAGAGAGAUCAAGGAUAAAAUGUGAUCAGUAUUGGCCAAGCAGAGGUACAGAAACAUAUGGCCUUAUCCAAGUGACUCUAUUGGACACCGUUGAGCUUGCAACCUACUGUGUCAGGACAUUUGCUCUUUAUAAGAAUGGAUCAAGUGAAAAGCGGGAAGUCAGGCAGUUUCAGUUUACAGCAUGGCCGGAUCAUGGUGUCCCAGAACACCCAACACCUUUUCUAGCAUUCUUGAGAAGAGUGAAAACAUGUAACCCUCCGGAUGCAGGGCCAAUGGUCGUACAUUGCAGUGCUGGAGUGGGCAGGACAGGCUGCUUCAUUGUAAUAGAUGCCAUGCUGGAGAGGAUACGGCAUGAAAAAACUGUAGAUAUUUACGGUCAUGUAACUUUAAUGAGAGCUCAGAGAAAUUACAUGGUUCAAACAGAGGACCAAUAUAUCUUUAUCCACGAUGCACUGCUGGAGGCAGUGACGUGUGGAAAUACCGAAGUGCCAGCUAGAAACCUGUAUGCAUAUAUUCAAAAGCUGACACAGAUAGAAACCGGAGAGAACGUCACAGGGAUGGAGCUAGAAUUUAAGCGUCUAGCUAGUUCUAAAGCUCACACGUCACGGUUCAUCAGUGCCAAUCUUCCAUGUAAUAAAUUCAAAAAUCGCCUUGUUAAUAUUAUGCCAUAUGAGUCCACGAGGGUAUGUCUACAGCCAAUCCGCGGUGUGGAGGGCUCAGAUUACAUCAACGCAAGUUUUAUCGAUGGAUACAGGCAGCAAAAAGCCUAUAUUGCAACACAAGGACCCCUGGCAGAGACAACAGAAGACUUUUGGAGGAUGCUAUGGGAGCACAACUCAACGAUUGUUGUAAUGCUAACAAAACUUAGAGAAAUGGGCAGGGAAAAAUGUCAUCAAUACUGGCCUGCUGAACGGUCUGCCCGCUACCAGUACUUUGUAGUAGACCCAAUGGCAGAAUAUAACAUGCCUCAGUAUAUCUUAAGGGAAUUUAAAGUAACAGAUGCUCGGGAUGGCCAAUCGCGGACAGUAAGACAGUUCCAAUUCACUGACUGGCCAGAGCAAGGAGUGCCAAAGUCCGGAGAAGGAUUUAUUGACUUCAUAGGACAAGUACAUAAAACAAAAGAACAAUUUGGUCAAGACGGGCCAAUAUCUGUACAUUGCAGUGCUGGCGUUGGAAGAACUGGAGUAUUCAUAACUCUGAGUAUUGUUUUGGAAAGAAUGAGAUAUGAAGGUGUUGUAGAUAUCUUCCAGACUGUCAAAAUGUUGAGAACACAACGACCUGCCAUGGUACAGACAGAGGACCAGUAUCAGUUCUGUUACCGAGCAGGGCUGGAGUAUUUGGGCAGCUUUGAUCACUAUGCAACGUAGAAGAUUUGGCCCAUCCUGGAAUUUUCCUUCAGGCCCUUCAAGAUCCAGAGAGCCUCUUCUGAGCCAUAAUGUGUGCUUGGGAAAUAUUUCUUAACUCCUAGCUAAAGACCAAUUACAGUAAUUGGAAUAUCACACACAACAACAAAAAAAAAGAGAAAAAAAUAGAGAAACUUUUUCUGGGUGGACCAAGAAUACGCAGUUAAAUUACCUAUCCUAAGAAGAUUAUAUAAAUCCAGACUGGUCAGACAUCUGAAGGAUUCAUUUCACCCACUCGUCUCAAGGAAUCAGCUGGAAAUGAAGGAAAUAAGUGAAAACCCACGAAGAACCAUUAUCUUGUCUGGGACUGCAUGAGUGUUCAAUGAUGAAUCUUAAGUAUACAACAGCAGGAUGUUUAAAUACGUCGGCUUCUGGAUCCCAAGACAAAUGCAAACUUUGCAGCGAUAUUGACCCUUCUCUCCAUCAAUGAUCACGAUAACACUUUAGUGAAACAAAUGGGUGGGAAAUGUCUAAAGAAAAUCAAAGUCAUUUAUUUAGUUUUUUAGUAUUGUAAAGAUACAGCUGACCUGUGCUUCAUUAUUAACUGUGUAAACUUUUUUUUUUUAACAAAACGUUUAUAAGGAAGUGAAUAAAAACAUUGCAUUACUGUUAAUUUUUCGAUCAAAAACUAUUUUUUUUUAUGCGGUAGAACUGUUAUAUGUAAUUAUUCUCAUUAGAAAUACUAAAACGUUUAAACUUCGCACAAAUUUGUGCAGUCCUGACAUUUAACCAUACCAUUAUUUUUUAUUAUAUUUUUCAUUUACAUUUACUUUUUGUCAUUUUUAUAUAUAUAUAUUUUUUAUUUUUUUUUGGCGUCAAGUUAAAGGCAAACAAUUUUUUUCAUCUUGUUUGGAAUCAACAGGGAGUCGCAAAGUAUAAAGCUGCUGCAAACAUAAUUAUAUAUAGAAGAAGUAUGUAUGGAUAUAUACACACAUUUGUUCUUCCAUGUUUUUAAUUUUGCUAAUUAGUGGGGAAAUUUUUCAGAACCAUAAGAUCAUUUCAUGUCAACUUGAAGGCUUGCAUUUCUAAAGUGUUAAUUUUGGUUUCAUCACAAAGAAAUGAGGAAUGCACAUCAGUGAUAUUCUAGGUUCACCCCCAAAAAUUUACACACACAGAUUUCCACGUGCUCACACAUGUAUGUACUUUGUUACACUGCUCAAUAUUUUUAACUCUUUAGUGCAAUAAUGAACCAUCUUGUAUAUUAUACAGGAUAUGUGCAUGCUGGAAAGGUCAGUGUUUAUCGGAGAGAAAAAUAUUGUAUUAUAAGAUGUAUGAAAAGUUCAUGAAAAUUGUAUCCAACCAUUUAUUGUGUGUGAUAUAUGAUUAAAUAUGUCAUUUGUAAGAUAUGUAAAAAAAAAAAAAUGAAAAAAAAAAAAAAACAGACACAAAAGAAAAAAAUCAAAUCAAGGGCAAAGCCAAAAAUUACUGCUCUGCUUAACGGAAAUAAUGUAGGUUUGUGUCACAGCAGUUUGACAAUGCUGCUUCUUUGUUUUUUUUUUGCUUUUUUCCUUGCUUUUUGCAUUUAGAGUGCCUUAUAUUUGAUGCUUUUAAGCAACAUUCUGUUUGGCCUUUGCCAGUCUGCUUUCCCAUAAUAUCAUAUUUCUUUCAUCUCAAAAAUACAGAUUGAACAAACACAGCUACUAUGUGAUAUACAUGCCUAUUUUUUUAACAAAUGUUAGUAUGUAGGAGAUAAUUAUUCUUCCAAGCACUUCUACAUUAAACAUGAGCUUUUUAUCCUUUACGUAAAUUGCUUUUAAGCUUUAUAACCAUUUUAAACAAAUAGCAUCUGACAUCUACACACAGUGCAAUGAAACAUUUUUGUGCUUAACCAAUAUUCAUGAUGACCAGUAAACAGUAAAUAAUAGUAAAUACCACACAGCACAUCCACAUUUGAAGUUCUGUGUACUGAUUUGAACUAUUUUUCUUCAACACCGACUGGUACUCAACAUUUCGGUGAGGAAAUAUUGACUUGUAUUCCUAUAUACCAACAUUUUGGUGAGGAAUGGAAACUUGAGUUGAUCUGUAUACCUGUCGUGUUGAAAUUUCAACUGUGGACAUUUGUAUGGUGUACUUAAAAUAAUUUAAUGGUCGUUUUCCAUUGGUGAUGGUCAGCAGGUGAGACUCGGACUUGGAUACAUCACUAGACUUUAAAGUAAAGGAGUGAGGCUAUACACUCUGAUAUACUGUAAUAUUAAGGUCAACCUAUAUGCUUGAGAAAUCAGUCUGUCCAAUCAUAAGUAAUAUUGUUAAAGCUAAAAAGCUGGUCUUAUUAUGGAUGUAUAUUGGUAGACCAUGAUGUUUCUUUUGCCUAGUGUACGGAUUGACUGAAUGCUCAUGCACAUUGUGGCAGCAGAGAAAAUGUCUAUUUCCACUGUGUGAAAGUGAUGGGUGCACUGUAAUGUUUUUGAGUGCAUUUUGGAAUGACACUUGCCAUUUGAACAGCCCAACUAGACACUUUAUUAAAUCCAUUUCUUUGUAUUGGAGUUUGUGAGCCAUUAUGUUGCCUUUACACUUCAGUUUCUUAAUCUUAAUUUAGAAAGCCGUCCAAGUUCCCAGUUAAAUAGCGAUGACAAUUCUAUAAUUAUACAACAGUUAUGGGAAUGUCUACAUCUCUGGACUCUAUGGGUUUUUUUUUCAACAUGUACUCAUUCUAAGCUUAGCAGCCAUUUUGAAUAUUAGACUCUGUGAAGGGUUGUGUCAUAGCACUUUUGUAAUAAAAAUACUAAUGGAAGGCUACCUCUGAUUAAAAAAUUAUAUUAAACCAACAUAAAAAGAAUGUGCUUUUCUUGGGGUAACUUUAUGUUUUUCUCAUAUAAACAGUAUUAUUUUUACAUAGAAUUGUUCUAAACUUGUUUAGUAAUUGCAAUCCUGAAUAGAAUAUGUGUCAUCCAUGUUAUAAAUCUGUUAAUGAAUAUAUCAUAUUUUUAUAGUCGCACAUUCUGCAAUGAAAGUAAAUGUUUUAAAACUUUGUGUUAAAAAUGUACCCAUUUGCAUAAACCCACUCAUAUAUAAUUAAUGUAAGUUAAGUUUCAAUCAUUGAUGUGCAUUCCACUUUCUGUUUACUAUCUGUAUUAUCAUGGUACUUUAUUAUAAAAAGCAUCUUUAUCUGCGAAAUACAUCAAAGGCAGAAAAUGCAUUUCUUAAGCAUUAUUGGUGCGGUGCUAUUAUUUACCUAUACCCGUAUAGUUAUGUAUAAUUUUGUAAUUAGUUACAUUGAAAAGAAAAAAGAUAUAUAAACAUGAUUUGUAUAGAACUUCACAUUAGCUCUUUUUUGUCUUUUUAUUUUGUCUUUUUUUUUAUGCAUGGUUCAAUAUUGGAGAAGAUGAGUUAGAGGUGGCCCUCUUGGGAGAAUUGCACUUUCUAAACCUUUGUACUAUGCACUACCCUAUUGAUUCUACUCCCAAUAGUCUUAUUACUUGAACCCAUCUUUUAAAAAGCAAAUAAAAAUUGCUAUGAAAUUUACAUGUGUACAUAACACAAUACAUUUAAGAGACAGUUUUGUGUUAGGAAAAGUGCAGAUGUUUUUUUUUCUUUUCUCCCUUAAUUCCCUUUUUGGUGGCAAGCCUUGCUAAUAAUUCAAUAUUUUUGCCCUGAUGCUCCAAAAGUUCUAUCAAAUUCUGAUUCUACCUUUUACAUAUGUUUUGUAGCUUUGCCAUUCAAGCUUGGAGUGUCUUUGCAAGAAUAAUUCAAAUUGUGUUCUCUCGUUUUGGAUGCAUAGACUGAAAAAGUUAUAAAAAAACCUUGUAAAAUGGCUUGUUAAAAAUACAAUUACCUCUACUUAGUAGUACGCGUAAAUGUUUUACAAGAUGAAAGGCGUGCUUUUUAUUUUCUUACUUCGUUACAGCAGUGGCGAAAGAAGUCUGUCUGAAAAUCAGUCCUUUGCUGACACAAGUUCCAUUUGUUACAAAUGAAUUCUAAUAAAAAUGUCAGUGUUAUGCA